AUGGCGAACAGAUACUCGCAGCCUGCCCUCACUUCAGCCGAAGCGCUCGCGUCUGCCGCGCCGGAUGCGCUCGACGAUGAUAGGCGCGAACGGCAAGACGCUCGGGACAAAGCGCCUGAGGAAAGUAACUCACCGCAGGGCGUGUUCGAGGGGGGCGAAGCAGCCGCGCGAGUCUCUCGUAAAUCUCCCCGCGAAUUUGCCGCCGAUGCCGAGCUGUCGCGUUCUCGUGAUGCCAGCAGCGGCAGGAACGACAACGAUGAGUCAGCAGAGAACCAAGGGAACCUCGCCGCUCAAGCCUCGAGCCACGAGGACCCUGCUGCUGCCUUGUGUCGAGACUGGCGCACUCCGCAUGCGUUCCUGAGCAAGGCUGCCACUGCGGAGUCGCUUCGCAUUCCUCCGAAGCUGGAUCUGACCGCCGCACUGAUGCCGUUCUACUUCUACGGCCACGACAAGAGAGGCAACUACAUUCUCGUGACCAAGUUCUCCGACUUCAACGUUCCGAUGAUCCGCCGGCAGCUGAGUGACUUGGACAUUCGCUCGUUUUUUCGUUUCAAGAACCUCGCGUGGUUCGGGCGCAUCGCCCCCUCGCCUACUGCGUCAUCGAUCGUGGUGUCUGACGCGGCGGGGACCGACAUCGCUCGCGUGGUUCUCCAAGGCGGCAUUCUCGUGGCGAAGUCCUACGUGCAGGCGAUGACGUCAACGAUCCCCGACGUCGGCGUCCGCGUGUCGGAAAUCCACAUCAUGAACGUGCCACGGGCCGCGGCAUUCCUUUUGGGGAUCGUGCGCGCGCUGUCGCCAAAGGAGAUCCAGUUUUUCACCUACGCCAGCCGCCAGGAGUUUCUUGACAAAAUGGGAGACGUCAUCGGGCUCGAGAACCUGCCGACGCACUUUGGAGGUACUAACGCAGUACCCAUUCACAUCUCGGAGCUUGAGGCCUGCUUCGAUGAAUUCGUCAGGGAAGCGCGCGCGGCUGAAGUCGAGAGACGGCUCAAAGAGCUGGAGCGUCAGGAGGAGAAAGAGCGGCAAGAAAUGGAAAGGCAGUUCCAUUUCCUCUUUGACUAG